AUGUCCUCCAUCCCUGCGGCCCAAGCCGUUCAUUUUAAUGCAUGCCCCCCUCCUCCCUUUGUUAAUUUUGACCCACCCGCCCCCAGUCAAUCACCACCCCUCCCCCGAACAUACACGGAGCUCACGGCAGAAAGCUCUCAUGGAAGCCACUCUGUAAUUUUAAAGGAGGUCCUAACUAAAUUAGAAAUGGUGCUGCAGCAAAACGACACCAUUCUCAGAAUACUCCAGCACCAGGCUACUCCUCCAGGCUUGGAGGAAGCCAUUGACCUGCCACUUGCAGACCUCCCGCAGCUGUUGGCAAUGGAGGACAAGCUUGGCUCACCAGAGUUCCGCUGUUCACUGACUAACUACCUAGGGACAAUCGGGGGCACCAACGUCCAGGACACGACUUCCCGCAUAUUAAAAAAAAUUCUGAGCCAUUCACUGGCCCAGAAAAUGAAUUGGAGGGGGGUCAACGGCAAGACUGCCCUGGCCACCCUGCAUUUGCGCAAGGUUGUCGUCGGUGCUGUGCGUAAAAACCCGAUUAUAGGGUUUACAACCGAGGCAGAGGUGGAGGACAAGAUGAAAAGAUGGCUCCAACUGAGUGCAGACAGGGAGGGGGGUAGAAAGAGAAGGCUGCUUGCUAAGGAGGGAUUAGGGCUGUAA